AUUGUCUGUGUGUGCGCACUUGCUGUCAGAAAGAUUGUGUGUGUGCCUGCGUAGAGUGUGUGCGUGCAAAAGACAGGAGACUGCAUUGCUGCUCCCCAGCACCACAGGACAGACAAAAAAAAGAAGGCAGCCAAGCAGAUUACCUUAUGUGUUUUCCCCAUUUUUCUGUCUCUCCCUCUCUCUAUGCAUGUGUGUGUUCCUUUGCUGUGCAACCAGGCACAGUAUGUGUGUGUGUGUGUGUGUCAAGGCUGAGAAUAAGAAGAGGAUGGUGAAGCCUGAAGUGAGCUACAGAUUCUGACUUUAAAUGGGCUUUUUUUUUGUCUGAACAUCGGGACCAGCCUUGAAGAAAAAAACUAUUCCUCUCUUUAUCUUUCGCUCUUCAUCAGCCAACAUGUCACAGCUCCAGUUAGGCUACUGGUGCUGAUCAGAGAGCCUGAGGGUGGCUUCUAUGCUGGAGGCUCGGGGGUUUGAAGGGCUGCCACCAGGGAGACUUCUCUGCUUUACACCCCAGAGAGGUGGAGGCAUCAUCAGGUAGGAGGCAGCUGAACGUGGGGGUCUGAGCGGAAAGCAGGAGAGGAGUAGGAGGAAGAGUUGUCGUGUGUGUCGUAGACUGUGUAGGCAGGCCGAUGGCCAACUGGUGGAGCUGCCUGAUGGUUUAAACUCCUGCUGAGGGGAGAUAAUGGCAGCUCCGGGCCCACUCUCCUCCUCUCUCACCUGCAUCUGCCACAGAGAAGCUGGCAAGUGCUAGCCAAUGCUACAGUGACCCCACCAAGAGGAUGGUGUGAACAGCGUCACCUUUUCCCACCACGCCGGGAGACCCCUGACACCCCUGUGAGGGGCCAAGUUUUGUUGCUCACCUUGUUUCGCCUUCUUCUCCAAACCAGCUGAAAACAAGGAGUGGCAUUGCUUUACUUGUGUGGGAGUUCUCUCCCUCUCCCUCCCGCUCUCUCCUCCUCCUCACCCCUGACCUCACCAACCUCCAAACUCAGCUCCAUGAAUUGGUUCUAGCACCAACCUGUCCUUCUUUCUUCUCCCUUCGUUUUCUUUUUCUUUUCUUUUUCUUUUUGUCGAGGCUUCAGGGGAAUUGCCAAGACCUGUUUCAUGCAUGUCCACUGGCGGCAGGUUCAACUUUGACGAUGGGGGGUCAUACUGCGGAGGGUGGGAGGAGGGCAAGGCACACGGCCAUGGGAUCUGCACGGGACCCAAGGGCCAGGGCGAGUACUGUGGUUCCUGGGCCCACGGCUUCGAGCUGCUGGGCGUCUAAACGUGGCCCAGUGGGAACACCUACCAGGGCACCUGGGCUCAGGGCAAGAGACACGGCGUGGGCCUGGAGAAUAAAGGCCGCUGGGUGUACAAGGGCGAAUGGACGCACGGCUUUAAGGGACGCUACGGUGUGCGGGAGAGUACAGGGACGAGCGGGAAAUAUGAGGGGACUUGGAACAACGGGCUGCAGGACGGAUACGGAACAGAGACGUACUCAGAUGGAGGAACAUUUCAAGGCCAGUGGGUUGGUGGGAUGCGGCACGGCUACGGAGUUCGUCAGAGCGUCCCAUACGGGAUGGCGGCCGUCAUCCGCUCCCCGCUCCGUACCUCCAUAAACUCUCUCCGCUCUGGUUCGGAGCACAGCAAUGGUACAGCUCUGCUGGACCGGACCGGGGCGGUGGUUCCUGGUCCUCCUCCUGUUCCUGGCACUUUGACCACCAGCGUCUCCAUCUGCAGUACGGGCAGCAGCGGCAGCAGCCCUGCUGUGUCUCGUGGAGGUUUUGUGCUUACGGCACACAGCGAGGCUGAGCUGCUGAAGGGGAAGAGAAAAGGAGGACUCUUCCGGAGGUCCAUCCUGUCUGGACUCAAGCUGAGGAAGUCCGAGUCCAGGAGCUCUCUGGCCUCCCAGAGGUCAAAACAGAGCUCGUUCAGAAGCGAGGCUGGGAUGAGUACUGUAUCCUCUGCUGCAUCUGAUAUCAACUCCACUAUCAGUCUUGGAGAUGCAGACGCAGAGUUGGCCGUUGCAGACGAUGAUGUGGAUGCCACGGCAACAGAGACAUACUGCGGGGAGUGGAAGAAUGACAAGCGGACUGGAUUUGGUGUGAGUCGGCGGUCUGACGGGCUGCAGUAUGAGGGGGAGUGGCUUAGCAACAAACGCCACGGCUACGGCUGCACCACAUUUCCUGAUGGCACAAAAGAGGAAGGGAAGUACAAACAGAAUAUCCUGGUGAGCGGCAAAAGGAAGAACCUGAUCCCCCUCCGGGCCAGUAAGAUCAGAGAGAAGGUGGACAGAGCCGUGGAGGGAGCACAAAAAGCAGCUGACAUUGCCAGGCAGAAGGCUGAGAUCGCUCUGUCCAGGACGGCUCAUGCACAGGGUAAAGCAGAAGCAGCGGUGGCAGCAGCUCAGAAAGCCCAGGAGGAGAGUCGCAUGGCGAGGGUCACUGCCAAGCAGUUCUCCCCUUCCUUCCAGCACCCAGGAAACGGCAUGGAGGUGCAGCGUCCCAAACGUCAGGUGUCCAGCGAGGUGGAGGGUGAAGGCUUGUCCAGUAGCGCCGGCACUGCCGACAGCCCCGACCUCUACGUGAAGAGUGCUGCGUCCGAUGACCCCUCUAAUGAUGCUGCCACCCCUGACCUCAGCCCCCCUUCUUCUUCACCGCCCCACACACCUCCUCCACCCGCCCGGCCGACCCAACGCAGCAAGAGCGCCCGCUUCCAUCGGCAGAGCGCUGUGGACCAUGGGGACAAGGGGAAGGAUGGAGGAGAGAGGAGUGAGAAAGGUGGCGGAGCAGGGCAGACGGAGAUCCAGGUGUUGAUGGAGGGAGGAAGUGGGGGGGGUGAUGGUGGAGGAGGGAAGGGGGAGUACCCACGGGCCAACAGCUGGAGCGAGGACAAGAGGAGAGCGAUGCUGUCAAAAGGAGGAGGUGGGCUCAGCGGACGAGGAGCGAGCCGGACCAACGGACACAAACACAGCUCCUCCAAUCACAAGUCCCGGGAGCAUGGAUCCUCCAAUCACAGACAGGCCAGAGGGGACAGGUGGACGGAGUCCUCCUCGUCUGCCUCUUGGACGUCAGGGCACAGGGGCGUGCACGGCAGGGGAGGCCGGCUGCUGGAGCAGGACGAGGAGAAAAUUAGCAAUUAUGAGAUGGAGAUGAAGCCUUUACAGCCCAGAGACUCCACUACCCACAAGCCCCAUGGGCACGGGGAGGAGAGGCACAGCCACAGUCACGCUCACGGAGAGGGGCGCUCGCACACCGUGCAGCGACAGAGGCAUAAGAACCGUGAAGGGAGGGAGGGGAGGGAAGGGAAAGAGGGGAGGGAAGGGGGUAAAGACUCAGUGCACAAGCUGGACAGACCGGGGGAAAAGAUGGAUCCACGGCCGCUACGUCGGGACCUCACCCUCUCCCCCCCUCUGAGGUCCUCCCCCAUCACACCAGAUCAGCAGGACCACAGCCUCAUGCAGAGCAAAGGCAACUCGGCCUACAGCUCUAUCCUGGUUGUCAUGGUGAUUCUGCUCAACAUUGGAGUGGCUAUUUUGUUUAUCCACUUUUUUAUUUAAAGACAGCACCGCUUUCAGAGUCAGCCUAUCUAUGCUACAACAACUAUAAAUUCAUAUGAGUAUUACGACCAAUCUGCCACCCCUUCGUGUUCCUGGUGGGAGGACCGCAACCGGCCGAGGGAAGACGAGGACCAAGGAGGGCUCCACCAAUAUUUGGGCUAAAGGUGGCUAACCCGGGCUAACCUCGGCUACGCUCUCCCCAGUCGUCUGGAGAGAGAUGCCGAAGUGUGUAGCCCAAAGAAGUGGAUGAAAGAGGGGGUGAACCAGUCCAGGUAACUGGACCACAGGGAGAUUAUAUAGUCCAGAAACUGGACUUAAGUGAGCUUCAACAGUUCACAUACAGACUCAAAUGGGCUGUACCGGUCUGAUCCCCAGGCCACGAGAGCUGCAGCUGGCAUUACAGCGAGAUGUCUGCUUCCACUGUCUGCAGACAGGACUGACAAGACAGACUUUUUCAUCUUCAAAUCAUAGUUUUCAACAGAUUUGUAACUUAUAAUUUAUUUAUUAACAUUUUCUCUCAUGUACAAUAUGUUGAUGGAUAUAUUCUUUAUUUUGUAACCCUCCACCCCUCUUUAUAUAACUCCUGCCUUUUGGUUCCUCCUCCUGUCCUGGUGUUGUUACUGAUGGUACAGGGUGUGUGUUAAUGUGUGUGUGUGUGUGUGUGUGUGUGUGUGUGAGCUGGCUGUAUACAUGGUUGAUGGCUCCCUGUCCAAGCACACACACUCACACACUCAUUGCUUUUACCCCAUUCCUCUCAUUCAUUCGUCCUUGCUCUGAUGUCUGUCUCCUCUCAUUCUUCAUCUCAUGCUGAGAGUGAGAAUUUUGUGUGUGUGCAUGCGUGUGUGCGUCUCUGCAUACUGUAUUUACAGUAUGUUUGCAGUGUACAUGUUUUUUGUGCAGAAUGUGAGCGUGUUUGCGACUGCAUCAAGACGGCAUGUCUUCAUGUGUGUGUAUGUAUUUAUGUGCGUGUGCUCUCCAAGUAGCUCAGUGGCCUUUCACGCUGUUCAUGAACUUUACCAGAGCAUCUCAUGAGAACGCAGUCACCGCUCAUCCACAUCUAGCCUACUAGCAUCAGCUGACAGCUGUGCUCUCUCCAUCUCUCCCUCCUACUCUCUCCCACCUCCACACACACCAGUCAGAGGAUGGAGCUUCCUCUGAGUUGGUGGUAGUUCAAGACAGACUGUCCUUGGCAAAGCCCUGCACCUACUGUACCACUAGCUGAGGUAUUUAGAGGAAAUACUGCAUUCAGUGAAGCAGAGCCUGUAUGUGUAACACCAGAACUACAGUUUUAAAGACAAUAUCAUAUUGAUAAAUCAGUGUCUCCCACUGCUUCUCUCAAAACAUAACCUGAUGACAACAACAACAUCUUUUAUACUAUACUUGCAAGAUGUCUGAAAAAAAUACUAGUCGCCACCUGCCUUGCUUUUGUAGCGCAAUCGAUAAAAGUACAACAAUGCAUGCAUAUGUACUGUAAUAUCUUAGUUGUGCAUUGGAUCUGAAAGCAUAAAAAGCUUCAGAAGCACAUGCGACAUGUUAAGUUUUGAUAGGAGCAGUGUCUGGAGAGAAGCCUAUUUGAUACUGAUCAUGAAGCUGGGAUAAAACAGCAGAGUCAAAAUUUCUGUUAUUGAUCUUUUCUGGGUUAAAUGAAACAAAGUGAAACCUCGAUGUUAGGCUAAGUGAUACUCAGAGCAGCCUGAUAGGAACAAACUGGAAAUGAUGCAAAUCUGUUGUAGUGUAGUAGCAAGCAGUGGGCAGGAUCAAGGUCAGGAUUUACAGCCUCCUUUCCUCAGCUUCUUCUCCAAUCAUCCUAAACCCUCUAUGACAAACAAACAGACACAAACACCAGUCAUAAUUUAAUUAUGUUUUAUAGUAACUGGGUAUGUGUGUCUCAAACCCAUCUGGCAGACCAGCCUCUGUGUUUGUUUGCAUAUGUGCACAUGAAUGCUCAUCGGACUGUGUGAACAUGUGUGUGCAUCCUGCUCCUUCCACGUGAUUGGAUGGGAUGGCAGAGCCUAUUGCCAUCGGUAACAACUUCCAGGAGGCAGGGAGGUUCGCUGUUGUUUUUCUGUCCGACAGCGUUUCUCAAACUACGGACUGGAACUCAAACUCGGCUGUAGGCUCAUUUCUGGUGUUUCCCCCACAUUAUUACAAGAGUACAGUCUAAUGUGCCUGCACCCCGAGAGGCAGAACGAUGUAAUUUUCGUUUCAUUUCAGUCCCAGACUGAAAAAGGUUCAAAAAGCUCUGCUGUAUGCCAUCAGCCUGGUGACGAUGCCCUGCGUCACCCUGUUAGUCCGCAGCAUGCUACAGCAUGCCAAGCUCUCUCUCUAUAGUUUGACUCUUCUUUCUUUCUUUCUUUCUUUCUUUCUUUCUUUCUUUCUUUCUUUCUGUUUCUGGGAAUUACUCUGUUUUGUUUUUGAGUUAUGUGGAGAAAAUAAUGAAAGUGUUUGAAAGAAAA